AACUUAAUAGUUCUAUAGUCAACAAAAAUUGGUUCCAAAUUGCGGUUAAUGAAUAUCACCUGAAAGCAAUAUUUUACGAUGAUCUUGGAAAAUUGAAGUAUAUAGAUCGUGGUGCAUAUGGAAAUGUUUUUUGUACUUCUUGUAAAUCAAUACAAUGUGAAAAGAUUGCUGCAAAAGAAAUAUAUAUUCCAGAAAAUGCAGAUGAAAAACAAAUUAAAAUGUUUCUUAACGAGUUAAAAUUACAUAGUCAAGUUUCACAUCCACAAAUUAUCAAAUUUUAUGGAAUAAGUCAUGUUUACUACGUUUUGAUGGAAUACGCAGAAGGUGGAACUUUACCAAAAUAUUUGAAAACCGCUAAACUUUCUUGGAAAGGGAAAGUUGAAUUAGCAAUACAAAUAGUUGAAGGAAUAUCUUAUUUACACAGUGUAAAAAUCACUGAUUUUGGCUUAUCAAAAGACCUCAAUAGUAAAAUGUCAUCUAAAAAUAAUUUUUUUGGGAUACUUCCUUAUGUUGAUCCCCAAAAGUUUAUCGACAAUAGAUACGAUCUGAAUGAAAAGUCAGAUAUUUAUAGUAUUG